AUGAUCGCUACUAAGACAAAAAUGAUCACUCAUGGAAAGCCGGUGAUAAGUCUUUCAAGCUUUGAAUUAGGAGCUCAAAAAACUGGAAGAGAAAUAGAUGAGUUCAUGUUUGUUUUGGUUCCAUUGUCUGCUGUCUUAUUCAAAAAGGAUAUCAACUCUACCUUAUUUUCUUUGGGACAGUGGGCAAUUUCUAGAGCUCUUCAAGAUUUGCGAAUGCCUAAAACCAAAGUUCCUAGUAUUCAACGAAUCGGCGAGGCUUUAAAUCGCUAUGGUCAAAAUGGUUUUGCCGGUUGCUUUACAAUGAAGAUGCAUACAAUAAUUCAUCACUGUUUGCGGAAAAUGGAGGAUUUUGGCAGCCCCGCUCUCACGUCCGCUGCUGGCUUUGAAAGAGCUAAUCAGGAAUUAGCUAGAAACAUUUCAAUAUAUUGUGCUAAGCCGGAAGCUAUAGGAAAAAGAUUCAUUGCUCGUCAGCGACUGGCACGAAUGUUGUAUGCUGCAAAUUCUCGCUUAUCAUCAAAGAAAUUAAACGAUAUGAUCAGCGGAGUUUCAGUUGUUCAAUCAUCAUCCAUCCGCGAAAUACCACCGUUUCUAGCAGAUGAGCUUCUCAAUAUCGGUAUAGGAUCAUUAUCAAUCGGAGAACUUAUGAAGGAAGGUCAUAUGGGAGAACCAAAGAGUCGCAAUGUUGCUUCAUACGUUACUUGGACAAACAAACAAGGAAUGAACGUUUUGGAAGUUUCGAAUUUGCAAUUGAACACAAUGGUUCAAUCAAUGUUUGUAUAA